CAUCGAUUCACAAACACACUACUGUUAAGUAACCGAUGACAUCGUCAGAUUUAGCAACGAACGCCCAAACACGAUUGCUAGACGUACGAAAUAUAGGUUGAACGGUUUAUUGUCCUAUACUAGGUAGCGAACGCGUUUCAAUGGCAGGGGACGAAAGUGUCUUUCUGAGAGCGAAGGAUCGGAAGUAUAAGGGGCUGACAGAAGAUGAACAGAAAGAGUGGAGUGGGCCCUUUUACUUCAUCCAGGCUGCGGACCCCCAGCUUGGCCUGAUGAAGGCAUGGAGGAUUGGUGACUGUGAUUCAGGAGGGGAUGAGUGGACUGAGGAGGUUCAGCUCACAAAACAGGCAGUUCAGGCAAUCAACAAACUACAGCCCAGACCUCGCUUCCUGGUCCUGUGUGGAGACCUGGUCCAUGCUAUGCCUGGAUGUCCAUUCAGAGAAGAACAGGUUAAGGACCUCAAAGAAGCACUUAGAGGAAGUGACCCCGACAUUCCUCUAGUGUUCGUCAGUGGCAACCACGAUCUUGGCAACACACCCACUCCAGAGAGCGUGGAGCAGUUCUGCCGUGACUGGGGCGAUGAUUACUUUAGUUUUUGGGUGGGUGGGGUUUUGUGUUUGGUGUUGAACUCUCAGUUCUUCUUCGACUCAUCAGGCUGUCCUGAGUUAAUGGAGGCCCAUGAGGUCUGGCUGGAGAGCCAGCUGCAAAGAGCCAUCCAGACCCCCUCCUGCCACGUGCUUGUCUUCCAGCAUAUUCCACUCUUCCUCCAUAAACCUGACGAAGAGGAUGACUACUUCAACCUGCAGAAGGGAAUCAGAGAGCGCUUGAUCCAGAGAUUCAAACAAGCAGGGGUGAAAGCUGUGUUCUCCGGGCACUACCACAGAAAUGCAGGGGGCUGCUAUGAUGGGCUGGAUAUGGUGGUGAGCUCUGCUGUUGGUUGUCAGCUGGGAGAUGACGCUCAUGGUGUGCGAGUGGUAGUAGUUACUAAAGAUGACAUCAUCCAUCGCUACCAUAGUCUGGACCAAUUAACCCAAAGAGGAAUGGACGAAGACCUGAAGAAAUUGUUGGUUUGAGUCCACCUCCAGGUCACUAAUCAUGUGAUUGUAUCUUCAUCUUCAGCAUUCAUUCUAGAAACUGAGCCGUUGAUAGUACAUUUAGAGCUUUCAGGUGUGUAAAAAAAGAGCCUUACAUUCUGAAUACAUUAGCAAGCAUUAAAAAUUCGAACUAGUGACUCUUUUGAUCUUUGAUACUCACCUCAUCUGUUUCCAUACUUUAAUCAUGCAAAUGUGUCUGAGAAUUCCUUAAACACUGGAGUUAAAUCACCUCAUCAUACUAAUGGAGUGAGGAGAUGCUAGGGUACAAUGGUAGUUUAAUAGUGCUGAACAUUUUGGAUGACAGUUUGAUGAGUUGACUCCUUGCUUCUCUCUGCUCAUUACUCUGUUCCGUCUCUGAGAGGAGGAAAGAGGCAAUCUCCAUGGUAACUAUUGAAAGACGUGGCUGUGGUGACCGGGACAUCGAGUCACUUGUUCUGUGGGUGGAUCACCAAAAACAUAAUUGCUGACCUCACCUCACACUUAGAAGCGCCUGAAAACAGCGGGGUGUGACUGAACGACUUUGGCGGCAAGCAUGCAGCAAGAAAGACAUCUUAAAAUGACCAAGCUCUUGUCUGAAUCCAAUGUGUGACCUCGUAGCUUCCUCACCAGUUAUACAUGCUAAAAUUAAACUGGAUAUCUUCCAGUUAUCUUUGUCUUUCCAUGUAAUAUUUAAAUGUAAUGUCUAAUGCUAUGAUCAUACAGAGGGGUUCAAAAGUUUUCAUUUGUAUGUCCAGUGGAGGUGACUUCUUCCUCUGGUUGUGCUGGUAGCAGUGCAAAGGGUAAAGGAGCAGAAAUCUGUUUCAACAGCAUUUAACAUGAAGCUCUAUAGGAUGCUGAUCACCUCGAGCAUCAAAGGUUCCUAAAAUCUGGAACACAGACGUGGCCCUGGAUUUAGGUGCGGAAGGUCCUGGAACAUGCAGAUGAAUUGGAGGUUUGCACGCUGGAGCGUAACCUUAUUGCAAAUGUCUGUAUGUCUUGUGCCUCUCUGGUCUAGAGACUCAGAAGUUGGUCGAUCCUCUUUGUCUCUCUAGGAUGGAGACUCAAGACAUGCUGCAUCUGUUGUUGUCUCGCAACAUCAAAAGAUCAUCGAAAGAAUCAGUCUCCAGGUGGGUGAAGGGCAGAAACUGCAUUUUGACCAAUGAGAAGUCCUGUCAUUCCCGGGCUUGGUACCAGAUGUCCAGAUCCAAUAAAAUGUAGCAAACCUUUGUCCGCUGUUUUGGGGCCCCACCAUAAACUGUGCCCUGGAAUGUGCUGUUUACUAUCAAUUAUGUAAUUACCAUUCAGUUUGAAUGAAACGUUCAACUGAAAACUGAA